AUGACAGAAGAUUCCAUCUGGAAAGAUCUGAAUUGUGUGUUUGCCGAAAAGUACAAUCCUCCAUCAUUUGUAGAAUACGCAACUCUCCAUGAAAUCAUCAACUAUGUACGUUCUGUGGACUUUUACGAUUCGCCGUGGUUGAAACAGCUCCGUUCGUUUACAUGUGUAUAUUCCAUCGAUGACAUCAGCAGUCAGGUAGAGCAAGAGUACUCGAAAAAGUUGAAGGAAAUCUCGUCUUCUGCCGAGAAUGUCAGUGAAUCUACUGUGGACAAACAUCCAAUCGUAGCAGCCAUCAAGCAAAAGGGAACUUUCACGAUGCUGGAUGAAUGCCCUGACCCCCAAGACCAUUCUGAAUCACCUGCCAACCGCAAAUUCUAUUCGACUGUUUUCAAAGAACACAAAAUGCUAGCGCAGCAUGUUCCGGACAGCAUCCACGUCCAUGCAUUUGCAAACAGACUAAAUGUAUUGCAUGUAAUCAUCAUGGGACCUUCGGGAACACCAUUCGACAGCACACCUUUCUACUUUAUUUUCAAGCUGGGCAGCGAUUAUCCAGAAAAACCACCCGAGGUGACAUAUGUGGCUUACUCGCAAGAGCAGCUGAAUCCAAAUCUUUACCAAAAUGGAAAAGUUUGCACGAGUUUAUUAGGCACAUGGUCCGGUCAGGGUGUUGAAACUUGGAAUCCAGCAAAAUCGAAUCUUCUUCAAGUAUUAUUGUCAAUCCAAGCACUGAUUUUGGUGCCGGAACCGUAUUAUAACGAAGCCGGAUACGAAACAAGAAAACAGCAGACAGAAAUGGCCGAUCGCUCAAAGCGUUAUAAUGAAACAGCCACAAUUAACUCACUUGAGUACCUGCUCAAGAUAUAUAAGGAUCCUCCAAGUGACUUCAAAGAACUUGUGAAGGAGCUGGUCGAGAAGGAAUACGCAGGGUAG